UCGAGGUUCGCGAUUGCCAUUCCUUCCCCAAGUCGUUUCUUCUCCCGGAGGGCUUCUUGCCGAUUCCUCGGUACCUAUCUCUUUCCCUCUCUUCCGUCUCGUCGUCGUCGGUCUGCUCACCACAUAUUCACGCCCGAAGAUCUCUCCUCCGAGUCGAUAUGACGGACAAUGUAGAAGGGGUAGAGGGAACUUCUUCUCGUGGAGCUGACUGGGAGGUUGUGUCUCUCACAGCAUCUGCCUAUGCUGCUGCACCUGGACCGAAUGAGUUUAGCCCUACUGAUAAAAGUGAAGAACAGGAGGACAUAACUAAACUUGAGUCUUCUUCUGCAUUAUUAAUGUCUGGUCAUUUUGUUUUUCCACCCAGUGAGCAUGAGAAUCUCCCAGUAGAACCAGACUCGAGCAAAAAUUAUAGUGAAACCGAGGGGCAUACUCCUGGAGUGGUUAGUGUUGAUAAUGGAUUUGAUAGUCUGGGUAAAGAAAGGCAGCAGAGUGAAUCCAAUGAUGACCUGCACAGUUUUGAGUUUUAUGAUAAAGGGAGUCAAAUAUCUACACGUGACAUGGUAUUCGAAGAGGGCACUGGAUUUCAAAAGCUAAACUUGGCUGGAUUGGAGCAGGGUAUGCUGGAUGAUUCUGAGUCUGCUGCUGUUCACUCUGAAACACAUAAAAGUGACACCGAAUUUGAGGCAGAAGGAUCUUUGGAUGUGAUUAUGGAUUCUCCUCGGGAGCAUACAAAACUAUGUGAAGAUGAAGUUGAUCGACCUAACCUUCCUUGCCAAGUAUGGUGGAAGAGGCAUGCAACAUCUUUGUAUUGCCAUGCAAAGGAAUCCAAUACAUUUUGGUCUGUUGUUGUUGCUGCAGCUGUCAUGGGGGUUGUAAUCAUGGGGCGGCGAUGGCAGCGUGACAAAUGGCAGCUUCAUCAAAUCAAAUGGAGGUUUAGCAUCCGUGGUGAGAAGAUGAUCAGCAUGUUUGGGCCUACUGGCCGAUUUAAAAAUGUUCUGGUUGGUGGCCACCAGCAUAGUCCAUUGGUGGGUGGAGUUGGUGCUUCGGCCAGCUUUUAGACUUGAUGAUGACGAAAAACUUCCAAAUUGGUGUAUCACGUAUAUUGAAUGUAUUACUGGAGAAUUUGGUGACUUCACCUGUUAAAGUGCCUACAAGACUUCCAAAUUAGUAAUUUCCUUAUUCUGGUUAAUCCUUUUGUUUGAUGGGUUUGUUUAGUAUGCUGUAUUUUACAGUAUCUGAGGUUCUAAAAGAGCUCAUAUUUCAUUGAACCCA